AUGGCCCCUUGGUCUAGUCCGUCCCUCUGCACGGCCGGACGGAAGCCCGACACGUUUUGUAUCUUCACAGCUUCCCAUCUCGGCCACCUGGGCCUCAGCGUCAUCACAUCUCCUCAAGUCGCGAGCAGCCUGGCACCUGCCAUCCACCGUCUUCACGACUCGGCGUUCCCGGCAGGAUCCACGGUUCGUAAUCCAGCGUUGCACCCACCUCCCGGGAAACUAGCCCAGAUCGACGGCAAGGGGAUCGGCGUUGUGGCCACACGUCGCAUCUCCGCCGGCGACACUUUUCUUGUAGACUUUGCGUCUCUUGUCCUGCACGCAGACUACCCGCGGGCAACGACCGAGAAGGAGCGGUUGACUCUGCUGGAAGAUGCCGUCGACAAGCUGCUUGGGCCCGGACCACAGGCCAUUCGGGCGCUCUCGAAGAGUGGGCUAUCUAACCACGCCCUGGAGGAUGUGGUUCAGACCAAUAGGAUUAACCAUUCCUGUCAACCAAACUCGUUCCUUCGCUACUCAACGCACGGCCUCACCGUCGGCGUCGCAGCAUUUCGUGACAUCGAGGUCGGUGAAGAAAUCACCAUCAGCUGGGGUUCGCGCGACGACACGGUCCGAACCAAGAUCCGAUACCUCCGCGCCGCGGCCUUCAAGGCGAUCUCUGUCCGCGAGCUUGAUCGCGCAAAGGCCUACCUGAACGAGCUCGUGCGCGCCAUCGAGGCUGGGGAUAUGCCGCCCUUGCUCGCCGAGCCCUACGAGGCUCUGUUCAGGGUGUACCAGGCGCUUGGGGAGGCGGAUGAGGCACAGAGGUAUGCGAGUCUGCUGCUGGAUGUGCGGGACCAGUAUGGGAGGCUUGAGCUCGGCGAUCGGGAUGCGGAUCUUGCAGAAUUGCUCCAGGGAUCGGGGUCUCUGGGUACGCCAAAAGCCUAG